GACAAGCUCCGAGCCAUCUUGGGAAGGACCACAGGAGUUCUAGAUCCUGCUGGGGAUGGCUGAAAGAGGCAGAGGGGGAAGGAAGAGUCCUUCAAGAGUAACUGGAUUCCUCCAAAGGGCCUGUCCCCCAGCCCCACAGGCCUCCCCUCAGGAAGAUCCCUUUUUCUCCACAGUGCCAGGCCUGUGUGGCCCAAUAAGGAUGAUGCCCCUGGGCUUCUUUCCAACACCCCUACCGUUAGGAAUAUCCUUUCAGGCCUAACUUUAGCUGCAGCCCCCACUUCCGCCCCUUGGGGGUGGGGCCCGAGGGCUUGGGGGCGGGGCUGCAGUCCUACGCACGUUCGCUCUCGGGGGCGGACUCAGUGGCGGAAGUGGCGCCGCCGGGAGAUCCCCUUCCUCUCCGAGGCGCUGCUGGGGCCGCGGAGACCGGCUGCGGCUGGGGCUAAGAAGAACUGGGGCCGUGGCUGACAUGGAGCAGCCGUGCCGCUGAGGCCCGGCCCUCUCUGCCUGGAGGUGGGGGCCGCCAGGAUGAGCAAGCUGUCUGGGGAGCCGGCCCGUGACCUGGAGCGCAGCCUGCCAGCCGUGGCCUCCCUCGGCUCGUCGCUGUCCCACAGCCAGAGCCUCUCCUCGCGUUUCCUCCCGCCGCCUCGCGAGAAGCGCCGGUCCAUCUCCGACGUCCGCCGCACCUUCUGCCUCUUUGUCACCUUCGACCUGCUUUUCAUCUCCCUGCUCUGGAUCAUUGAGCUGAACACCAACACAGGCAUCCAGAAGAACCUGGAGCAGGAGAUCGUCCACUACAGCUUUAAAACUUCCUUCUUUGACAUCUUGGUCCUGGCCGCCUUCCGCUUCUCCGGACUGCUCCUGGGCUAUGCUGUGCUGCGGCUCCGGCACUGGUGGGUGAUUGCGGUAAGAUGCCACUUUCCUGGCAGCUCUCAGGCCCUGGCGGGGCUGGCGCAAGAGAUGGGAUGGAGAAGGCCUCACUCCCCAGCCUCUGUGUUCGCUCUCUUCCUCCUUCCCUCCCCUGGGCAGGUCACCACGCUGGUGUCCAGUGCAUUCCUCAUUGUCAAGGUCAUCCUCUCUGAGCUGCUCAGCAAAGGGGCCUUCGGCUACUUGCUCCCUAUCGUCUCCUUCGUCCUCGCCUGGUUGGAGACCUGGUUCCUUGACUUCAAAGUCCUACCUCAGGAGGCUGAGGAGGAGCGAUGGUAUCUCGCUGCCCAGGCUGCUGUCGCCCGAGGACCCUUGCUCUUCUCCGGAGCCCUGUCCGAGGGCCAGUUCUAUUCACCCCCAGAAUCCUUUGCAGGGUCUGACAAUGAAUCAGAUGAAGAAGUUGUUGGGAAGAAAGGCUUCUCUGCCCAGGAACGGGAGUACAUCCUCCAGGGGAAGGAGGCUAUGGCGGUGGUGGACCAGAUCUUGGCCCAGGAGGAGAACUGGAAGUUUGAGAAGAAUAAUUGGCUGCACCAAUUUACAUUCCCACCAACAGUGAAGGAGGAAUAUGGGGACACUGUGUACACCAUCGAGGUUCCCUUUCAUGGCAAGACCUUCAUCCUGAAGACCUUCCUGCCCUGCCCCGCGGAGCUGGUGUACCAGGAGGUGAUCCUGCAGCCCGAGAGGAUGGUGCUGUGGAACAAGACGGUGACAGCCUGCCAGAUCCUGCAGCGAGUAGAAGACAACACCCUCAUCUCCUACGAUGUGUCUUCGGGGGCCGCGGGCGGUGUGGUCUCCCCCAGGGACUUCGUGAACGUCCGACGCAUUGAGCGGCGCAGAGACCGAUACCUGUCAUCGGGCAUCGCCACCACCCACUGCGCCAAGCCCCCGACACACAAAUAUGUCAGGGGGGAGAAUGGUCCUGGGGGCUUCAUUGUGCUCAAGUCAGCCAGUAACCCUGGAGUCUGCACCUUCAUCUGGAUCCUUAAUGCAGAUCUGAAGGGCCGCCUGCCCCGGUACCUUAUCCACCAGAGCCUCGCAGCCACCAUGUUUGAAUUUGCCUUUCAUCUGCGGCAGCGCAUCGGAGAGCUGGGUGCACGGGCAUGAGCGUGCCCCCUCACCACCCUGCGGGCCAGGGUCCUGUCGCCACGGCCUCCAGAGCCAGAGGAGGGGCCGGUUGGGCCUCCCGCUGCCCACAGAGGACCUGGCCUCAAACAGUGGGGAGGAAGGGGCUUCCUCCCACAGCAGCCCCUCGGCCCCAAGCUGCCACCCUCCACGCGCUUCACUGUGCCUGGAAGCCCUGGCCGUGGGCAGGUCGAGAGCUCAAGCGUCUGACUCUGCCGCUGAGGCCAGUGGGGUCCAUCCUGCCGACGUUUACAUGGCGUCCCUGCCUCCUGGAAGAGGAGAUCCGCUGUCCCCACCUGGCCAGGCCGGGGUCUGGAAUGGGAACCUCGGACUUGGUUGGGGAGGACCCUGGGCAGGACAGAAGUCAGGGCAGCCUUGUCACCAUCGUGAAGGCGCAGGACCCCCUUCUUCCACCUGCUCUCUCAUCACGGUGUUUUAGGAUUACUUAAAGGGUCUGGGACCUUUUUCCACUUGCACUUGUAGGGGUGUAGGUUGCAGGUGGGAGUGGUGGGUGCUGGCAGGGAGCCUGCCUCUCCCAGGUUCUCUUCAGGUUGCCUCCCCCCACCCCACCCCUGCCCCGCCCAGGGCCUCGUUGGGGACCUUUGUAAUUUGAGCCGAU